AUGUAUGUACGAACUAAAAUUUCGUUAAAAUUCCUUAAAACGCUCCUUCGUUCACGGGCUGUUGCACUUGGGCCGUUACUGUCUAAUGGGCUUGGGCAAAACCCGUCUGGACACACGAGCGAGCAGUUGGCCCAAAAAAAUACACAAGCACACCUCUACUCGACGGCACCGGCGGCGCCGCCGCCGCCACGCGCGGCUGGUCUUCCUCACCGACUUGCCGCCGCCCUGUUGCUCUCCCCCUCCCCGUCCGCCCCCAAUCUUCUCCGGCGCCACCACAGCCUCCUCUACCUCCUACCUCCUGCUGCCGUCUAUCUCCAAUUUGCAUCGAAGUCGGUGUCCGUGUUCGUGCGGGACAACUUCUUCAAGACGGAGUGCCCAGCCCGAACUCCACAGGGACUUGGAUGCCAUAAGACCGAGCCCUUGACGGAAAUCCCCAGUAAAUCACCUCGCAUCACAACUUUCGAAGAACCGUCCAAUAUCGCGCAGAAUUCGCCGGAAGAACCUCCGCCGUCCGAGCCUGCUACACCUGACCUGAGGCGGAACAACAUCCGCUGUCCGAACGUGCUACACCUGAGUCGUACCAUUACGCGAUCCAUUGAUGAGAGGAAGAAAAGGUUGAUGAUAGUAACCUCGACAAAGAAGGUCACCAAAGUUAGAAGUUGUGCACAAUAACAGAUGGGAUCUGAGUUAUGAUAAGCUAAGAGUGAACCCGGAGACAUGGAUGAGUGAGACAAGUGGAAGGGGUGUGUGUAUGGUGCAUACAUGUCGGCGAUGAUAGUCACAACUUGAGGGGUUUUGCUCACUUGCUCGGUCGCAAGUGCAUCAUCGCUUAGCUAUGGAAUUGAGAUUGCUAGACUUCAGUCUGUAAAUGAACAAAAAGCUAGGACUGAUCUUUUAGUCAGUUUUGUGUCAAUGAGUAAAUCAGUGCUCGAGAUUAGUUUUGCAUCAUAUAUAAUACCAAAUA